ACCAGAGACUAAUUACGAAUCCAUUAUUGGUGUGUUUGUGUUGUUUGUUGUGUUGUUUGUUUGUUUUUUGGUGUUGCUUCUUGUUGUUUGUUGUUGUUUGUUAUUAGUAAUAAUAAUAAUAUUAGUAUGAGAAACUUGAAACUUGAUGAGGUGGAAAUAGAGAAGGAGGAGAAGUACUAGUAGUACCAGAGACUAAUUACGAAUCCAUUAUUGGUGUGUUUGUGUCCCCCUUCUGCUUCCUGCCCUGAACAGUAAGAGUUUAUGUGCUGGGACUGCAGCAUCAGCACAUGGCCUCUUACAGUGUAAGGCGGAGAAACCUUCUCUUCAGUGACAGUACACUUUUCUCUGUUUCAUAGCAAUUCAGUUAAUUACACAGGGAAUUUAAAAACAGUUUGCUAUAGAAUAUCAAUGAAUCAGCAAAGGCAUUGUGUAUACUGAGUGACUUUAUUUUUCUAUUACAGAUGUAACAAAUCCAUUAAAUAUUCGAUGUAAGCAUUUUGUAAGCAUUUUCACCAAAAACCUAUAUGGGGACUUAUAAGGAUUAUAAGGGUCUUAGCCCAGAGACAAGAUGGUAAAAGCAUGGAAUAAAGUUAAAUAGCAGUUAAAGAGAUUACAAUACGGAUGCUUUUGGCCUUUAUCUUCAUAAAAAAAUAACCUAAUCAACUACUUUUUCAUCCAAACCAUCAGUUAUAUUCUUUGACCACUAGAGAGCGCAAGACUACAACAACUGAGAAAUGAGUUCCUGCUGCUUUUGGUCAUUCCCUAGAAGAAGUGCAAAAGAGAAGUAAGAAACAAUGUCAGCGAGAGGGGAAAAGGCCAGACCUCCAGAGGUACGAUCCUGGCGCAGCACAGACACGCAGAUGCAAGGAUAGAUGUGAAGGAGACGUACUAGCAAUUUCCACUGAACCUGCAUAUGCUUCAGAGGAGUCUGUGUCAGAUCCUGCCAUUAAAAUGUCUGCCAGCUCUCUACCAGGUUCAGGCCUGAAAUUCACCAGCAGUGAUUGCCAGUCUGAACUGAGCAAUGUUGAUUUUGACUGUAAUGAUGGUAAUGCAUCUUUCAAUCGUCAACAUGCCAGGAGGAACACUGUUAAAAGUAGUGAACUAUCAAGCACUGGAACAACUGGUUCUCCAAAACUACGGAAAUUGCGCAAACCUGAUCGUGAGAUAUACCAGCCUGGUGGGCGAAGGGGACAAGGUUAUAGAGACUAUGGCCUAACCAAGGAGUUAGAGCAGGUAUCACAAGAAGUGGUAAAGGCAGAUGAUACUACAAGUAAUGGGUUGAUGGGCUUAGUUGAAAAAUGCAGGGAUAUACAUCUGGAAGAGGAAAAAAGAAAUGGGAGGGAAGUCAAAGAAGGCAGGAAAAAACAGGUGCUGGGAAAACAAAAGAGAUUAGACGUGUCUUCUUCAAACUAUGAUCAGCCCACUGUUAACAAUAUAACUGAUAAAGUGGAGAAACACAACAGCCCCACAGCUGUAGAUGCAGAAAAGAAGAGUGAAAAUAGUAGUAGAAGAAGACGAAGGGUAAGUGGCAAGGGCUCUAAGAACAGAACAGGAAGAGGAGAAGGAGGAACGGGUGAAGUGAAGGAGAAGAAGAAGGAACAGGAAAAACGAAGGUCCAGAGGGGGCAGGGAAGGAGGGUCCAAUCAAGCUUCAGCGAAGAGAGAGGAAGGAGAGGGAGGCGAAAAAAGUUUACUGACACACCAGCUAGAGAAAAACAGUGAGCCAAAGGUAGAAGGAAGAUUUCAGUGGGAUGUGAAAGGAAAAAAUGUUAGUCAAGACCAGAACUUGAAAAAAGAAAAACACAGAGGCAGUCAGCCAAUAGAAAGUGAUAGCGAUAGGUGCAGAACAGCUCAAGGAACACAACCUAGCAAAGUCAACUGUUAUUCAAAGCGUUAUUCCAAAUCAGAUAUCAGACGGCCUAGAAACCGGACCUACAGCACAAGUUCAGCCAGCAGUGGUACCAGCAUGGACGGGCCAGUAGAACCUGAAACAUACAGGUCUAAUGCAGAAUGUGGGGUGGGAGAAAGAGGGCCAAUGCAUAAGUCUCAUGAAAGGAUGAUAGAGGAGGUGGACCAUGCCAUGGCAUACGAGCCCAGGCAAAGAAGAAGGACAGCCAAAGACAUGUCGUCCACAGAUUCCUUUGAGGAGAAUGAGGGAAUGGAGAGAGAUGGAAGAGGAGGAGUUAGAGCCAAAGCAGAUAAGAAUGACAGUAGAACAUCAAAAGGGAAUACCAGAGGAUUGAGAGGAGCCUUGAUUGGUGGUCAAGGAGGAGUCUUGAGAGUUUCUUUGGACAGGCAGUCUGGCACAGCCUCAGGAACCAGGGAGGACCAAACCAAGUGCAAAAAUCCAAGUCCUAGAGGCCGAGGAAGAGGCAUUCUGGUACUCCCAACACACACUGAACUAAACACGUCCUCAGAACCUGGACCUCGGCUUAUGUGUGGGGCAAGAAGCAGCAUAGGCCUAGGUAGAGGAAGAGGAAGUCGUGGUGGAAGUACUAGGCGGCUGUGGGACCCUAAUAACCCUGAUAAGAAACCAGCUCUGUCAGGCAGCCAACAAUCCCAGCAGUCAUCUCUCCGACAGCCACUGUACUUGCAGCAUCAAGGAGGAUAUGGGCCACUGCACUUUCUGGACACUGAUGAUGAAGCUGCUGGGAGCCCUCCUGUGCACCAGGGGGAGGACUUUCAAGGCCAACAUGCUGCCACCAUGGCUUACUACAAAUAUCAGAAUUCUGACAACCCUUACUGCUACCCGUUACCAACCAGCUCUUCAAACACACCUCCAUGCUACACCUAUUCCUAUCAGCUCCCAUAUCAGUUACCUGGCCCUAAUGGGAUGUUCCAGAAUACAGGCAUGGCACCUUUUUAUGGAGUGUAUGGACACAGUGGUCAAGUUUACCCAUCUACAGCCAUCACCUUUAGCCCAGAGGAGACAGAGGUACAGACAAGAGGGGAACUCAGUAAACUUCUUCGAAUGACUGACAGCCAGGAACUCCAGCUCAGCAACCUGCUGUCCAGGGAACGACUUAGUCGAGAAGGACUAGACAGGAUGGCCCAGCUGAGAGCUGAGCUCCUGACAUUGUAUGAGAGUGUAAUUCUAACAGACAUCGAGUUCUCUGACACACAGAAUGUGGACCAGUUACUGUGGAAGAAUGUGUUUUAUCAGGUCAUUGAGAGAUUCAGACAACUUCUGAAGAACCAGGAUUCAGAUACAUCUCUCCAGAUCAGGGCCAUGCUUCUAACCAUACUGGAAGAGGGGGCAAUGUUUUUUGAUUCACUGCUGUUGAAGUUACAAACUGUAUUCCAGUUUAAACUAGAAGACUACAUGGAUGGAAUGGCAAUACGUGCAAAACCUCUACGGAAGACUGUGAAAUAUGCUUUGAUCAGUGCCCAGCGGUGUAUGAUUUGUCAAGGAGAUGUCGCAAGAUACAGAGAACAAGCAAAUGAUUCUGCUAAUUAUGGUAAAGCACGCAGUUGGUACCUGAAAGCGCAGCAGAUUGCACCAAAAAAUGGACGACCAUACAACCAGCUUGCUGUGUUAGCAGUGUACACAAAGCGGAAGCUGGAUGCUGUGUAUUACUACAUGCGUAGCCUGGCUGCCAGCAACCCAAUCCUCACAGCCAAGGAGAGCCUGAUGAGUCUGUUUGAAGAAGCCAAGCGCAAGGCUGAGCAGAUUGAGCGCAGAAUGAAGGAGAAUAUGGAAAGUGGCACACGUGGCCCACGGGGGCAUGGAACAGUUCGGAGUCAGGAUGCCACCCGGGUAGAAAUCUGGAUACGCCCCUCUGGGCAUCCUGGAGUGGCAUCUCGCAUUGAAGGCAGCGAGUCUGGCAAAGACUCAGAGCAAGAUGGUGGGCUGAGGGCACUGAGUGCAAGUGAUCUCAAUAAGAGAUUUGUCUUGAGUUUUCUUCACACUCAUGGAAAGCUCUUCACGAAAGUAGGGAUGGAGAGCUUCCCAGCUGUGGCCACUCGCAUGUUGGAGGAGUUCAGGGCCCUCCUCCAGCAUAGCCCCUCUCCUCUGGGAAGUACACGCAUGCUUCAGAUCAUUACAGUCAACAUGUUUACCGUUCAUUAUGCUCAGACCAGAGAUAAAGGGCAGGGAGAGGCUCGUUCAGUAUUGGAAGAACAGUCUACUUCUCUGGGUUUGGCCAUGUUUGGGCUACUGGUGCAGCGUUGCACUGAACUUCUUAAAGAAACACCUGCAGAGCCUAUACCAUUGGAGGAGGUUGAUGAUGAAGUGGAGCCCAUGGUGCGAGUGUCCAGUUUUACGACUGACCUGCGAGAGCUCCUGCCCAGUGUCAAAGUCUGGUCUGACUGGAUGCUGGGCCACCCAGAGCAGUGGAAUCCUCCUCCGUGCAAUUUUGAUGGCAGUCCUGACGUGUGGCAGUGCCUGGCAGACCUGUGUAAUUCUUUGGCAUCUGUGUAUCAUGGUGAGAUUCCACUCUUCAAGGCAGAUGCGGAUGGAGAGAGUGAUGAGUUGCGACUACUGGUGCUGGAGGAGGACAGGAUGCUAGCUGGAUUUGUCCCCUUACUGGCUGCUCCACAAGAGCCAUGCUAUAUUGAGCCCCAGUCAGAUACUGCCAUGGCAGCUGACUGUAAGAGAGUGACUGUGCUGAAGUACUUCCUUGAGGCCCUUUGUGGCCAGGAAGAGCCUCUGCUCGCUUUUAAAGGAGGGAAGUAUGUUUCCAUAGCAUCGCUGGCCACUCCCAGCCAAUCAGCUGAGCACAAGACCCAAUCACAGACCAACGAGCCAUGUCAGGACAACAGUGUGAUCAUAGAGGAGACAUCACUGUCCACAUCGGAAGGAGAGAUGGAUGAAGGGAUGGAUGAACAUGAAAAUGAGAAUGAUAUCCGAGAGCUGAGAGCUCGACGUUAUGCUUUAGUGCACAAACUGGCAGAACAACAGAAACGGAGAGACAAAAUAAAGGCUGUGCUACAAACUGGAAGCCAGCUUGAGCUGGAGAUCAGGCCUUUCUAUCUUGUCCCUGAUACCAACUGCUUUAUCGACCACCUGGAGGGCUUGAAAAAGCUGCUGGCGUGUGGGACAUACAUACUGGUGGUACCACUGAUAGUGAUUACAGAGCUGGAUGGCUUGGCUAAAGGGCAAGAAUGCCGUGAUGUAGACUCUGUAGGUGAAGCAGCUCAUGCCAGGCUGGUGCAGGAAUGUGCCAAAGCAGCUGUGGCUUUCUUGGAAAAGGGCUUUGAGGCCAGAGAGCCUGGCCUGAGAGCACUCACCAGCAGGGGAAACCAGUUAGAGUCAAUUGCCUUCCGCAGUGAGGACACCUCUGGACAAAAGGGCAACAAUGAUGAUGUGAUUCUGUCCUGCUGCCUGCAUUACUGUCAAGACAAGGCUAAGGACUUUAUGCCUGCUCAGAGAGAUGGGCCAGUUCGCCUGCACAGGGAAGUGGUUUUGCUAACCGAUGACCGUAAUCUGCGUGUGAAAGCUCUAACCCGUAAUGUCCCAGUUCGAGACAUCCCUGCCUUCCUGAGCUGGGCUAAAGUGGGCUGAACUAAGGGUACAGACUUCCUGAUGUAAAAACAAUGCUCAUCCUCCACUGCAACAGAGUGGAGAGCAAGAAUGUGGCACAGAGGCAGCGAAAGAGGGAGUAUGUUUGUGAGAGAGGAAAUCAGCAAAGCUUUUUUGUCACUAACAAAAAAAGCAAAGAAUGAGGAAUGAAUUCAUUUUCACGGAGAUGAGUUUCUUUAUCCUCUUAAUAACAAUGCAUAAAGAGUAGCAGGAAAGUGUUUGAGAUGGUGAGACAGACUGAGCUGACCAGGGUCCUGUGCAUGUAAGGUACAGGGAAUGUGUGUGUGUGUGUGUGUGUGUGUGUGUGUGUGUGUGUGUGUGUGUGUGUGUGUGUGUGUGAGAGAGAGAGAGAGAGAGAGACAGAGAGAGCGCAAGAGAGUGAGUGAGCGAGCAAGCAAGAGCAAGUGUGUGGGACAAAAAAUUGCUAGAGUAUACGUGUAAGCUAUCAAUAUUGAACAUUAAGUAGCUCUAAUUAGGAGGGGUGGGAAAGAGAUCUGUAAAACCAGACCCCAUCAGUGGAAAUCUUCCUGGAUGUAAUCACUUUGGUCCUCCACUGACAGCCAUUGUUAAGAUCCACUUUGGGGUGAUGUGAUUGGUUCAGGGCAGAGAGAGACAUGAGACGUUUUGUUUCUGUCAUCUUUUGUUCCUGUUCUGCAGCCUGCAAGGCCUUAAAGACAUUAGUGACUCUUUUUUUUUUUUUUUUUUAAUUUCUUCACUUUGCUUUAAGCUUGUUUUUUCCACAGACACACACAACCAAAACAGUCCAAUCCAAAAAUUUAACACUUAAACAUUAUCUUAUGUUUGGCAGUAAAUCACAAUAAACUGUAAAUGCUCAGCUAAUUACACUAUUUAUGAGUAUGUUUUAACUUGAUAGCCACAGGCUUAUGAUAAUUUUGCCAUGUAAAUAGUUGUGGAUGACUUUUGUUUUUUUAGUAGUUGUAUUGUAAAAAUGUUCCAUGAUGUAACAUGACUUUUGCCUCUGUCACAAAAACAGUGUGGUUUGCCUUAGAAUGUGGAGUUUUGCAGCACCAACAAUAGCGUGAGGAAGUUUCAUGUGACCUGAUAUUUCAGUUUGGUGGGCUCAGUGUUCUUGAACAUAGUUUCUUCUUUAUCAUAUAUGGGCAGCCAAUCCACACCUUUAACCACGACAUUUUCGUUUUUUUCUCAUUUUGGUUUAAUAAAUCUUUUGAAAUCUU